CACUCACCACGAACUUCGCUACACUCGCAAACACAGGCGGACGUCACAACAGCACUUUCACAUCCAUCCACCGAGACGCGCCGUCUUUGCUCCUCUUAACCGGUUUUCGGUUUCCGCUCCGCGUAAAGGGGUUCUUGUUUGUUGUUGUUGUUAUUUUUGGAAGAGGUGGAACGGUGGUGGUGGUGGAGUGAACGGAGGCUGCGUGGACCGUUGUUGUGAUAUUUGUUGCUGUUGUGUGUGCGUGUGCGCGUGUUUGUGCGUGUGUGUGUACGUGUGCGUGUGUGUGUGUGCGUGUGUGUGUGUGUACGUGUGUGCGUGUGUGUGUGUGCGUGUGCGUACGUCUGUUCGUUUGUGUGUGUGUACGUGUGCGUGUGUACGUGUUUGUGCGUGUGUGCGUGUGUGUGUACGUGUGUACGUGUGUGCACGUGUGUGUGUGUACGUGUGUACGUGUGUGCACGUGUGUUCGUGUGUGUGUGUGCGUGUGUGCGUGUGUUCGUGUGUGUAAGUGUGUGCGCGUGUUUGUGCGUGUGUGCACGUGUGUUCGUGCGUGUGCGCGUGUGUGUGUGUGCGUGUGUACGUGUGUGCGUGUUUGUGUGUGUAAGUGUGCACGUGUGUUCGUGCGUGUGUGCGUGUGCGUGUGUGCGUGCGUGUGCGCGUGGGAUCGCAAAAACAGCAAAACACCGUCUGCGCGCGUGUGGGUGACCUGGGAAAAAUGUGCACGGGCAAGUGCACGAUGGUCAUCGGCGGGGCCCUGGUCCCCAUGGCUCUCCUGGCCAUCGUGGCCAACGUGCUGCUCUUCUUCCCCAACGCCGAGGCGACGCACCUGGAACAGGGUCACCUCUCCGACUUCACCUGGUACAUGGCAGGCAUUGCCGGAGGAGGGCUGCUGAUUAUCGUGCCGGCCAUGCAGCUCAUCGGAGCCGGGUCUCGGGACGGCUGCUGCUCCAACAGAUGUGGGAUGCUGACGUCCGUCCUCUUGUCGUUGGUGGGCGUCGCGGGCGCCCUCUACUGCCUCGUGGUCUCCACCGUGGCUCUGGUAGAGGGCCCCAAGUGCCUCUUCAAGAGCGGAAGCAGCGAGCAGUGGGACUACCCCUUCGGGAAGAUCGACAAGUGGGACUUCCAGAUCCUCGACACGAGCUACCUCUUCAACUCGUCGCUGUGGGGCAUUUGCAAGGCGCCCGUGUGGAUCGUCGAGUGGCACAUCUCCCUCUUCUCCAUCAUGAUGGCCGUGGGCGCCGUGGAGGUGGCCCUGUGCCUGGUGCAGGCCGUCAUCGGCUUCGUGGGCGUCCUGUGCGGGACAUGCCGCAAGGAGAGGCCCAAAGAGAGCUCCAGCCAGGCGCCACUCUACUCCAUGGACUCACUGCCACGCUACUGAGACGGGAUGGCGGGGACUGGGUGAUGGGAUGGGGUGA